CGCGCCAAGGGAGUGGAGGAGAGGCGGACGGAGCCCAGGAGAAGCGGGCGAAGACCGGGUAUUGGCCGGAAAGGGAGUCCCGGAGCCUUCGGGCGGGGGCUGGAGGCCGUCCCAGCCCCGGGGGGGGGGAGGGGCCGCAAGCCCCUAUUUGUGCCCGCGCUGGACGGCGCCCGGCUCAGAGCCGUGGGUCCCUGGUAGCAGAGGUUUCAGUCGCCUCCGCCCCCGUAAGCCCCCACCCGCCCCCCGCUGUCAUGCUCGCCCGCCAACAGCGGCUGCCCGGCUGGGCCGGUCCUACGGCGGUACUGCUCGUGGUGCUGCUGCCCGCGGUGACUCAGGCCUUCUCGGGCCUCUGGCGAACGCUCGAGCCGGAGCGCCAGCAGCUGUGGCGGCGGCUGGACGUGGAACCCUCCAGUCCCGUGUUCCAUCAGGCCGCCCGGGCCGCCCUGCACUACUUCAACUACCGUGCCGCCUCGCCCUGCACCUUUCGAACCCUGAAAGAAGUGCGCAGCGGCACCGCAUGGGGAUGGAUCCUGGGGAGACGAGAGGGAAGGGAUAUAUUCAGAAAUGAGGUCAAUGCAAAAAAGGGACAGAAGUUUGACCUGGAGUUCACUAUAGAAAGCUACAAGCCGGAGUUAAUUGAGGAGCGUCUGGGCACAUGCUCUGCCCUGGUGAUCUUCAGGAAUCAGAAGCCCAAACCCACAGUCAACAUAACCUGCACACGACUCCUAGACGAGAAGGAAAGAGAGCAACAGGAUUAUGUGUUGUACAAGCAAAUGAAGCAGCUGAAAAGACCCCCCGACGGGACCAGAAUCCCAGGCAACCUUGGCCAUAUGGACUCAUCUCUGCAGCCCAUGUGGGACUUGGCCAUGGUUGGCAGCUCUUACGUGAUGUGGGAGAAGACGUCGCAGUCAUUAUACUACUAUAUGCUGCAGCUCAGUAGGGUAAAGCAAUGGAUAACAAGAGGUGAUUUUAUCAAUUUCAACUACACCGUCCUACUCCAUGAAUUUUCAACCCAGGAGAUCAUUCCCUGCCAGAUUCAUCUGCUCUGGUAUCCUGGCAAACCCCUUAAAAUACGGUAUCACUGUCAAGAUCCCGGAACACCACAGGAAGGUUCUGGGAAUGGCGACGGCUCAGCAGAGACCCCUACAGAUAUCCUUAGUAACUUCUGAAAGAUGGAAUGCCUCCUUAUUCCACCUAUACCAAAUUAAAAUGACCAUACUCAAUAGCUUCAGUGGCUACCUGGUACCAUAGCUGAGUAGAAUCGACUACAGGUAUUCUGGAGAUGUAGGCAACAGAGUAAUUAAUAGUCAAUGUUCAGAAAACCCACGGUAUUUUUUUUUUCUUAAAUUAACUUCUGGGAGCACAUGCCUGAUUCCAGUAACUCAUGAGUGCACUUAACUCCACUCAGAGCUACUUUGGGGCCACCUGAAUAUCAGGACUGGUUAAACCCGAAAAUACUACACAUGAAGCUGGAAUGAAUUAACAGCUUCAAAAGAGUGUGUUCUUCAGGCUGAAUUUCCUAUUCUCAAAAGCUUGUACCUAACAUUACUUAAAAAACUAUAGCUGACUAUUUUAUACCACCCAAAUCUCAGAGUGUCCAUAGGGAAAUAAAGAUAAUAUAUUUCAAUAAAAGCAAACUGAAAGGGAACUAUUAAGCUGGUUUAGAACAAAGUUUGUGAUUUUUAAGGUUCCUAGCAGAAUGAUUUGUUCUUUAGCCUGAGAAUCGACGGUGGAAAUAAAUAUGGUUACAUUUCUAAAUAAGA